CAAUUUUUUUAGUAUUCCUCUCUCACACACUAUACCUCACACACUCUGCGACUGCGAGACUGCAACUCUUCUUCUCCGCUCUCUUCUCUGCGCCACACACAUACUCGCUUCUCCUCCACCCGAAUCGCUGCUGGCCAUACCCGCUUCUCCUCCACCGUGACAUCCACCACGUCGCUGGCAGCAGCGAGAAAACAGCGCAGUGCACGGAGAACGCAGAGCCACCAUCGGACUGCGAUUGGCGAACGAUUCCGACCGCCACGACCACCGCGAAGACAGCUGCUGCCGUUAAUCGCUGUUCAUCCUUAAAUUUUCCCCCAAUUUCAAUUUCGUAGCUUUGGAGGAUAUGCUAUCCUCGGCCAUUGCACUUUUUUCUCUCCCUCUCAUCCAAGAAUAUUUUUUCUAUUGUAUUAAUACUGAGUAAUGUAAAUGAAAUUUUUGGUUGUUCCAUUGCUAGACAUUCAGGGGUUUAAAGCAACAAUCAUAUUGAUGAUGUCCGUUGAACUUGGAAGGAGGGCAUUUAGAAAGUUGCAAAAAAUUGAUUUAGAAGACAAUACAAUAGUAGACACUCUUGGUCCUCUGUUUGUGUGCAUGAAUUCAUUGCGAGACAAAGCACAGCUGAUGAUGAAUAUACAUUGCUUGGGAAGGAAUCUCACGACUGCUUCAUCAUCUUUGCUCCCUGUGCAACUCCCUGCACAAAGGGAAGUUCAUUUUUGGUAUGUUUUACCUCAUGAGGUUCAGAGCACAAACCUAUUGAACCAAUACUUAGAAAUUCUAUCGCCUUGCGAGAAAGAAAAUAUAUUUAGCAUGCGCGGGGAACAGAUAAAGAAAAGAGCUCUCCUGGCCCGAGCAUUAGUUCGCACUACAUUAGCAAGAUAUCAGACGAAUUGUCAAAUAGAUCCAAAAUCUUUAAAGUUUAGGAAGAACAAUUAUGGCAAGCCUGAGUUGGACUGGCAAUAUGCUGAUGAUUGGAGCCUCCCACCACUGCGUUUUAAUAUCUCACAUACUUCGUCUUUGAUAGCUUGUGGAGUAACUGUGGGUUCCGCUAUUGGUAUUGAUGUGGAAGCGAAGCAAAGGAGGUUAAAAAAUGAUACAUUAGCCUUUGCACGACGAUUCUUUUCUCCUUGUGAAAUAGAUAUGUUGAGUCACAUUGUGGACCCUGAACUCCGGCUUCAAGAGUUCAUUAAAUUGUGGACUCUAAAGGAGGCAUAUGUAAAAGCACUAGGGAAGGGCUUCUCAGCUUCACCAUUUAAGACUUUCACUUUACGAUUAGGAGACCAUGUGAAAGGAAACAUCCAUGCUCCACCUCAUAUGAUUUCUAAGGUACAUGAUAUUACUGUUGAGUCUUCUGAUGACCAGAAGAAUCCGUCUAGCAAUUGGCAGUUUGGACUUCUGGAGUUAGCUGGUUCUCAUUAUGCUGCCAUUUGUAUAGAACAGGACAGCAUCGAUGCAGGCAAUGCGAGCAUCCCAAUAAAUCUUACCCUAAGGAAAACAAUCCCAUAUGUUGAGGAUGACUGUAUUUCUGCCAUUGACAGUGCCGUAGUGAUUGGUGGCUUGGCUAGACUGUCAGUGUGUCAUUAGUGAUUUCGUAAGGAAAUGGAAGUUUUGGCCGUAGCUUUACAUUCUGCCUUCCUUCAGCAUUUUGGAAUAAGUGCUUACAAUUUAUUUUUAUGCUCCCAUUGUUGUUGCCCAGGAUACGAUCUGCGAAGUGCACUGUAACGGGGAAGAUAUUGGAGUCAUUGAUUUCUUGGUCUCUUUAGGUAUGUUGAUCUAAUCAACAACGUUGCAAUCCGUGUAAAAUUUAUAGUUGUGUGAAAAUUUUGUUUAUUAGUAUAUUAAAAUGUUUUGAAAUGACUUCCCAUAGUGCCUGGUAUUUUUA